AUGGAAGCUAAUCCGAGCAACAAAGACGCGGAGGCAAUCAACAACAGAGUGCUGGCCAUCGCCGUCGCGCUGCUCGACUUUGCAUCGCCGUUGAAUCCGCCAGGACAUAUCAGGGUUCUAGAUCUGGCAUUCGAAGCAGCCCGUGUUUGCAUGGGUACCUCAGCCCCUCCACAUACGCUGACUGCAACUGAUGAAGCGGCAGACACUGCCUGUCUCGACUGUGCUCUCAAAAUACUCAAAGUGGCAGCGAAGCGACUGGAUUCACUCGAAGCGUCUGUCCCAGCCAUCGAUCAAGCUCAGCUGAGCGCUCUCUCUGCCGAAUACUACAUGCUUCGCGUGCAUUUAGCUUGGCAGCAGGGUCGACCUGACAUUGCUGAUCACCUCUUUACGAAAAUCCCGCUGAAGGGCGCAACCAAGGAUCACUAUAAUGUCAUUGGUGAAUGCAUUUGCAUUGGUCGAGGUGCACUGGAAGCUGGCCAGUACGACGCUGCAAUCAAGUGGCUCGAGAUCGCACUGGAGGAGCUACAAGAGAACCUGGAUUAUCAGGGAUUGGAUUCGGCAAAUUUUGAAUUGCAAAUCCGGCAUACACUUGCAUGUGCCUAUAUGAAGAUCGGUACACCCGAUGCAGCCGAGAAGCUUGAGGGGCAAAUUGCUGUGCUCAAGACAAAGUAUGGCGAGAAUCCUGCCGUGCAAGUCCUCGAACUUGAGAUCAUUCGCCGUGAAAAGGAACCGAACAGUGCCGAAUUCUUUCGGGUCUUGAAAGCUAUAAUCGAGAAGCUCGAUUGGACUGAGGAGUACCUGAAUGUAGUCCUUGGCUAUAUCAAAUAUUCGAUGCGCCUGAGCAUCGGUCUCGCUUUCGAGAUGCACCAUUUGUUGCUAAAGUCCCUACCAUGCGAGAAGCGCGAAUGGAUAGAAGAAUGCUUUCUUCGGGUUCCGUGGAUGGUCAGUUCCACGACCGAUGAGCUGGAUAUCCCGGAAGAGGCGUGCAAAACAGCGAUGAACGAUGCGUUGGCUUUCCUCGAAGAUCGGGGAAUCGAGAGCAUCAGCCAGGAGGGGACUCAUGUGUUCUUCACGAUCCUUCUGAACAUGCUUGAAAGCCCAGAGACCUCUUCUUGCCGGCACAUUGCUGAGAAGUGGUGCCAGCUCGCACUGGACACCAAGGUCUUCAAUGACUGCUUCACGUCCGCCAAGUUUAAUCUUCAGAAAAGAUUGGCCACAAUUUCCUUCAGCAACAACGACUUUGUCUUCGCCAAGCAGACUUUAGAUCAAAUAGUGGUUGAAAACGAGACAAAGUCCGAUCUCCAAGUCCAAUGCCUUCUCUUCAAGCUUGCACUACACGAUGAGAAGGAUGUAUACUUGGAGGCAGACAGACUGAACAAGUCAAAAGCGGUCAUUGACUGCAUUCUGGAGUUUAUGGAUUUGACAACUCUUCUUGAGAGCUCUCAAGAUAAAUCGCUUGUCGAGGAAGCCAGAUCUGAUCCUAUCAGAUCACGGUCAACGGCCGAUAUAAUUAGCUUCCCUCUUUCAAUGCUCUCGUCGGCGAUGGAGAAAAAGCAGGGAGUGUCCGAGGAGAAUGUGCUUGACUUAGUGUACUCAGUCCUUAAGUAUACCAAGCAAGGAUUCAGCAAAACAGAUCUCUCAAUUUCGAUUCAUGAGUUGGAAUCAAUCUGUCUCGAUUCUUAUAACCUGACCCUGCAUAUUUUCAACAUGUUCCCGCUGGAACGCUCAGAAGAAGCCCUGCAAAUCACGAAAGAGAUCAUCAACCUUUCAAGACAACGAUAUGAGUCCAUCCAGACCGAAACUCCUCAAUCGGUGCCAUCGAACAGCCAAGAAGAGAAGACAGAGAAACAAAUGUCUGUCCAACUAGGCUACAUCGCUUAUCAAUUCUUGUUCCUGGAAGUCAGCAUACGUGCCCUUUGUGUUCGAUCUGAAAUUAAUUCAACAAGCAAGUUCGAACACUACACAAAAAUCAUCAAAGCGAUCAAGUCAAUUCGAGAACAGGAGUCGGAGUACUCCGAAUACCAUCCACUGGAUAUCGAAACUCUUCGCAACCUCUCAGCAAACGAGUUCGAGGCUGCCAUUGCCCUGGAAGAUUGGAGUGGUAUCGUCACGAUCAUCGAAGAUAGCGAGAGCUUCUUCGACGCAGCUCUGUUUGAUCAUUUCAUGAAUUGCAUUCUUACCUUUGAAAUGGCAGAUGCAUACAAGGCUAUAUUCAUCAACGCAAUGGUGGAAAUCAUGCGCAGAGCUGGGUCCGACAUGCCAAUCCUUCUCAAUAACUUCCCAUCCUAUUAUCAUCAUCUAUUUACAUUCGCCCUCGCCGCAGCAAACCCCGAAACUCCUACGCAGCUCCUCGAUCUAUCCUUACACUGGCCGGGGGAGUACCACGAAAUGGCCGAUUCAGUCAUCGACGAGGUGCUCACCGCAACCGCUGAGCAAUCCUUGCCAUCAGGAUCUGGACAGCAGCGCGUGUAUCCUGUUGAAGAACUUGGGUACCUCGCGACGUCCUCGUUCAACCAGGCCAUGGACUUUUAUUCCGCGGAGAAUGAUCAAGCUUGUCUGCGCUGGGCUCGGAAGGGUAUUCUACUCGCGGAAGCGAUGCGUACCCCCGAGGGUGAGGAGUUGGUUUGCCUGUUUCAGACGCGGCUGGAGGGGUUAUUCUAA